AUGCUCACCAACCAUGAUCUGAAGCCCGUCGAGCCGGAGCGGCGCCAGUGGGGUCCCUGGAACUUUGUCGGUUUUUGGAUUGCCGACUCCUUCAACAUCAACACCUGGAUGAUCUCCUCGUCCAUGGUCGUCGCCGGUCUGUCGUGGUGGCAGUCAUGGCUGUGCGUCUGGAUUGGCUACUUCAUCGCCGCCAUGUUUGUCUGUCUCACCGGUCGCAUCGGUGCGACCUAUCACAUUGGGUUCCCCGUUGUCAAUCGUGCCUCCUUCGGUAUCUGGGGAAGUUUGUGGCCUGUCUUCAACCGUGCUGCUAUGGCGUGUAUUUGGUACGGCGUGCAAGCUUAUAUCGGUGGGCAUUGUGUAUAUCUCAUGAUCAGAUCUAUCUGGAAGUCAUGGGACCGUGAUACGAUUCAUAAUACCUUCCCCGACGACUCUGGCACAACCACAGCUGACUGGGUUUCCUUCUUCAUUUUCUGGCUGUGCUCCCUGCCUGCCAUCUGGUUUCCCGUCCACAAAGUCCGUCAUUUGUUCACGGUCAAAGCCUACUUCGUUCCGUGCGCCGGUAUCGCCUUCUUCAUCUGGGCGAUUGUCCGCGCUGGUGGUGUCGGCCCUGUCGUCAAGCAGCCCGCAAAGCUCCACGGUUCUAAGAUGGGCUGGGAGUUCGUGAAAGGAAUUAUGUCGUCCAUUGCUAACUUUGCCACGCUUAUCGUGAACGAUCCUGACUUUGCUCGUUUUGCUGGAAAGCCCAAGGAUGCUCUGUGGCCACAGCUGUUCACCAUUCCUCUCGGCUUUGCUCUAACAUCGUUCAUCGGUAUCAUCGUGUCAUCCUCGUCAGCUGUAAUUUACGGUGGCGAGCCCGUCUGGGAUCCCCUCGAGCUCCUCGAACGAUUCAUCGACGACGGUGGUUCAGCACAGCGCUUCGGCGUCUUCAUCAUCUCUCUCGCCUUCGCCCUCGCCCAGCUCGGCACCAACAUCGCCGCCAACUCCGUGUCCGCCGGCACGGACAUGACGGCGCUGCUCCCGCGCUUCCUCAACAUCCGCCGUGGCGGCUACAUCUGUGCGGCGGUCGGCCUCGCCAUGUGCCCCUACACGCUGCUGACGGACAGCAACCAGUUCACGACCUACCUGUCCUCGUACUCGGUCUUCUUGUCUAGCAUCGCCGGCGUCAUGUGCUGCGACUACUACUUCGUUCGCAAGGGCUACCUCGAGAUCAAGGAGCUGUACGACGCGCGCAAGACGGGCCCCUACUACUACACCUACGGCGUGCACUGGCGCGCCUACGUCGCCUACAUCGCUGGCAUCCUCAUCAAUGUCGUCGGCUUUGCCGGGGCCAUCGGCCGCAAGGUGCCUGCGGGCGCGACGUACAUCUACAACCUCAACUUCUUCUGCGGCUUUGGUGUUGCGGCGGCCAUGUACUGGGUCUUGUGCCACUUCUUCCCCGUCCCGGCGACGAGCGAUCGCUGGAUGGAGGUCGGUGAUGAGAUUGAUGAUGUGCGGGUGGCGUACGAUGAGAGCGCAAGCGACCAUGGGGUUAGGGAUGGUGCAUAUGAGUACAAGGGUGAUGAUGCGGCGAAGGUGGUUUGA